UCUGACACUCAUACUGCUCUCACCAUCUGUUUCUGUCGCAGUAUUCUACUCUCUUCUUUUCUUUUCUUUACUAACUAUGGUCCUAAGGGCUCACAAAGGUGGAUGGUCUCUUUUCUUCCUGGCUGCUAUUAUUCCUGGUGUCCACCUCCAGAAAAAUGGCAGCUCCAUCCAGCCUGCCUCUGAGCCUGAACCGUCCUCUGAGGCUCAGAUCUACAAGCCGGUCUUACAGCCAUCUGAGGCCAUUCCUCCAAUAGGAACCUACAAGCUGAAUGGCCUUGAUGGGAAACUCUGCAUCAAAGCGACCAUGGGAGUGGAGUACAUCGUCAUCGAAAAGAAGACUUGGUAUUUCAAUCUGGACCCAUCCAGGGUCAGGACCAGCGGUCACUGUGACAAAGACAUUGCUGUUCUCUCUCUCACGCUGCCAAACAACGCUGCCAGUCUGCAGUUCAACUUCAGAAAGGAAAAGAAACUUUUCUACGUCACCAAGCUGACUGUUCAUGUGUCUCCUAUGCCUGUCUGCCAAGGAUGUGCCAAUAAGACCUACUCUGGUUUGCUGGACCAUGAGAAGCUUUUCGCAACAGCUGAUGGGCAGAGCUUCAACUGCAAAUCUGAGAAUCUGCUUCUGACGUCGUCGCAGCUGCGGAUCAAGCUGGUUCCUCUGCAGAUGCAGGCCUUCACUCUGCCCAAAGGACAGUAUGGAAAAGAGGUGGAGUGUUGGGCCGACUACAACAAACGAAUUAUUCCCAUCAUCAUCGGGGCCGUAGUGGUGACUCUCGUUCUGAUCAUUGGGAUGACCUGCCUGUUCAUCAGAGACCGCAGCAGACAAGGAUACGACCGGCUCUGAGCUCAUCGUGAAGCUGGAUGGAGAUUUUAAUCCAUCUCAAACUAUAUUUCUAUUACUGUUACAAAAAGUUCUCAAAAUUCCUCUGCUUAACUUGGAUUUUAGCUCCUGUACUUCUGUUCUAAUGUCAUACUAAUGUCCAGUUUUCUUACUGUUAAUGCAUUGUUGUUAGAUUGAUUGAUUUGACUAUUCUGUUUUGUUUUUGUUUUUUGUUUUUUUCUCUUUCUUUCAGGGAUAAUUUGUGUAUACUGCUGUUUGCUGUAAUGUCCUGUUUUGUUGCAUAUUCAACAGUUGUUUAAUAAAAGGGCAAAAAACGAAUUAUAUAAGCAAUAAAAAAU